AUGUGCCUUUCAUUCGUUGGACAACUUUUAUUUGGAAUCUUAAUGGUCAUUACAUUUGGUCUAACCAUUGCGUCAGUGUUUCUACCCGAUUUGAAAGAAUUACAAGAAGUAGCAGCAAAUAUCACCGAAGAUUUGAAACAUUUCAGAAUUCCUAAAGAAUAUGGUUCAUUGGAAUUGUUGUGUCGAAUUGCAUCAGCUCACAAUGCCACUUCUAAUGAUGAAACUGGUUGCAAAUAUUGGUUUCACGUAAGUAGUUGA